GUGGAAUAAACAAUGGCGUGAUAUUCAGAAAGAGAAGAGAAAUGAGGGGAAAGGUGGAAACAUGGCGAAGCAUUUGGAUUCAUGUGAAAGUAAAACGCGCAAUUCCUUUGCGGCUAUUGCACGAUGGGCCCGACACCGUAGAGGAGCUUCUGGAUAGGCAUCUAGUGAAGAAAAACAAAAAGGAAAACGACGACGAAGACGAGUUGCUGAAUCGGAGGCGACUCACCAGCACUCGCCGAGAAGCGCUGAGUCUUUACCGUGACAUUCUUCGGGCCACCCGGUUCUUCAUGUGGCCAGAUUCCAGAGGCGUCCUAUGGCGUGACGUCCUCAGAGACAACGCCCGAAGAGAGUUCGAAGAGGCCCGAUUCGAGUCCGACCCGGAAAUCGUGACCCGCUUGCUUAUCGGGGGCCGCGAGGCCGUCCACUCCGCUAUUGAUAAACUCGCCGAGAAACAGAGGCAACAGAUUCAGAAGGAUCGAGGUGGUGAUCAACGGUGAUCGUUCAAGGUAUUGGAAUUUUUCUUAUUUUUGAAAAUCUUGAUAUGUGUUGGAUCCUGUACUUAAGAUUGUUUGUGUACGAGGUUUGCCUUAUUUUCAAAUGUCUUUGGUAGAUAUAACUGUAUGCAUGCUUUUAACUGCUUCUGGAUCUUGAGAUCUGUUCAUUUAGUUGAGGGAUUGAUUGUACCUGUAAACUGGCUAAUAGUUCAAAGAAAUGUUGUAUAUUUGUGAAAUUCUUGUUUUUUGCUAACCACAGGAAUGGUUAUGAUAAAUUCAGCAUGUCUUAAAGUCCUGAAAGUGAAGGAUUAAGAUCAAAUUAAUCACUUUAUUAAAGUUUGUCAGGACACGACUAAAAUUUAACAAGCCUCUUCAUGUCCCUGUUAUUUUCACUCUUGAUAAGGUUGGCUUUGUAUCAAUAUAGUUUGGGGAUUCUCAUCUGUUGAGGAAUCCAAGUGUGAAUGAUUGAGUGAAAAAAGUCCCACAUUAGUUAAGAAUGGACUAAGUGAGCACCAUAUAAGUGGAAGGAUCCAUGCACCUAAUGCCUUAAGGUUUUGGGUUUGAUUGUGGUGUUCCGAGCCCAUUUAAUAUUGCUGUUCACUUGGCUCAUGGUUGGCGGUCUCUCCCCGCCGUGAGCUCCCCGUGCACGGCCCAACAUCAUCAUAGUCACAAACUCGUGGUAAUUAAUUCUCCCAUCUGAAAAAUGAAGCCCAACUGUGAGUCACAAUUCUUAUCGAGAGCAGAACUAUGAAAUUAUCACCAGAGUUUGGGAAACGAUUAUAAGAGCCCAAAUAGAGUAUUAUUAUGUAACAUACAUUGUCAGAAUCAACGUCCUCUAAGACUUCAUUUAUAGUUGCUUCAUCUCUCUUUUGAUAUUCAGUCAAAGCUUGUCUAACCUCAUCUAUUGUUAUGUAACUGAUAAAAUGGAAACAGAACUUCAGGUAAGCAAGACUGUAGUAAGAUUCACAAUUGAAAUAGAUGAAAAUCUGAUAUUAAUAUGAACCGUCACUGGCUUCCAUUUCAAGAUCUGAAUAACUAAUUGUUCUGAUUUUAUGUUACUGAACUCAAUACGUGACUUAGUCUUGUAUGUAUUAUGAUUAAGCAAUAUUUAUAAUCUUCAAAUUAAUGAACUUUAUACUGACCCUCUGUUUUCCUUAUCAAAGUAUUGAAAAGCCUUAUACAAAUUCUCUUCCUUCUCAAGUUUAUGCCCAUCCAUAGUGGCAUUAAUGACUUCAUAAUAGUCAAUAGUCCCAUUCUUGUCAACAACAGCCUGACAAAGUUACGUGAAGAAGGAAAAGUAUGGACCAUAGUCUUGCUUAAUGAAGAAGAAAGAGCAUGAAAAUUUAUUUUCUAAAUCUGUGAGAGACUGAACUUAGGUAGUGUUUGGUUGGGGAGAAAUUUUUUUUUACUAGGAAAAUGUAAUUGAUAGAGAAAUGGUUGGAAAGUGAGUUUGGUAGGAAAAUGUAAAAAAAUUUGUUUGGU